AUGUCUGAUACCAAAAAGCUUGAUGUGCCCAUCUCUGUUGAAGGCCUUUUGGCCCUCACGUGGUCUCUUAACCUGCUGGUGUUCGUCUUUAUGGUGCUCCGCCUGUGGAUGAAUCGCCGCCAAAGUCUAAAAACCCCUUCUAUUAUUAUUUCUGACUCGCUUCUUGUGGCAUCGUUUAUAAUCGGUAUUACUGCAAUUUCGACGGAUGCGUGGAAGUAUAAUUUGGAAUUGAUGGGGAGAACGAGAGUGGUUACUCCCGAGCAGAAUAAAACAGCUUCCUUGCUUUCUUUUAUCUGUGGAUAUCUAGUAUUUUCGGCAAUGUGGCUAUCGAAGGGGGCAUGCGUGAUCUACUACUACCACCUGUUCCCAAACCUAUCUCCAUACUUGAGAAAGUACCUUUUCUUCGUCACCGGAUUCACUGCAGGAACAUAUGUCUUUGUGAUAUUUCUUCACAGUUUCUGGUGUCGCCCAAUCUUCACAAACUGGGACGGAACUUGCAACGCCACUGGCAAUACCAUCACCUUGCCACUCUGGAGUUUCCUCAACAUCUUCACCGACAUCUUCAUUCUCAUCCUUCCAAUUUUCAUCCUCCAUACCCUCCAACUCGGCAGACGUCAACUCGCUGGUCUUGUAGUCGUAUUCUUCAUUGGAUCGCUCUCUAUUAUUGCUGCGAUCGCUCGCUUCGUCGACAUCUACCCCAAGAUACGCAAGGACCCGAAUGCGCCCAUUAUACAUACGUAUGAGCUAUGGGCGUGUAUCGAGAUUACUAUGGUCAAGUUCGAGCUUAAGGAGAUCGAAAAAGGCGAUCUCGGCAAAGUCGAGUGUAAUUAG